UGUUACAUCAUCGCCGUACAUUUCUUUCAACAUCAUUUCUCGAGUUGGUUGGGUUGAGAUUAGCUAUUAUAGACUUUGUUGAAUAAUUGAACAUUGUUUCAAAAAAAAUCAUGCAGACGAUAAAGACUUGACAGGUUUCGACUAGAUCCAGAGUUUGUGCUCAUAACUUGUAAUCAUGCUAGUUUUACACAUUUUCCUCUGAGCUGUUUGCUGGAAAAGCAUUUAACAUUCCAUGUGACAUCAUUUAUUAUCAUCUAGCACAAGUAAAUAUUGCUGUUAAAGAAGAAUACUUUUUGUAGAAAAAUAAAAAGAAGAUAGGAGAAGGGGGAAGAUGAUAUUCCCACAGAGCAACAAGCAGUUAGUUCAUGCAAAGCUGAUGGGCUUUCAAGUAUAACUAAAGUUUUAAUCAGGAAAUUAAACAUAAAGUUUAUUAGUAGGUUCAGCACUAGUACAUGACACCCUUGCACAAAUCUAAAAACAUUUUGCUAGCCGUCAAGCCAAGUUCUCAUAUUAUUCCUUUUGAUUCACUUUUAUUUAUCGAGUGGAGUGGAGGAGAAGGGAGGUGAAGGGGGACGGACAAACCACAUGGGACCCAUCAGAACUCCAAUCCAUAUGUACUUCUGAUGAUGAUAAAUUUCGUGUCAUUUUCAGUUUGGAGUAUGAUGGGUUAAGGGAGAUAUUCUCUCUAGGGCCAUUCAUGCAUGGAUUGAGAUCUGUGAGAGGCUUUCAACAAUGGGAAUUGCAGUCAACCUUGUGACAUACUUGGUUAGCACAAUGCAUCUGCCAAGUGCAAGUUCAGCCAACGUAGUAACAGAUUUCAUGGGCACAUCUUUUCUUUUGUGUCUGCUUGGAGGCUUCCUGGCUGAUUCAUUUCUUGGCAGAUACAAGACAAUUGCAAUAUUUGCCAUCAUACAAACACUGGGGACUGGCACAUUGGCAAUAGCUACAAAACUGCCACAGCUACGCCCACCGCCAUGCCAUGCAUCUGCUUCCCUUACAUGCAAACCGGCCAAUGGAUUUCAGAUGGGAGUUUUAUACAUGGCUCUAUAUCUAAUUGCACUAGGCACUGGUGGCCUAAAAUCAAGUGUCUCAGGAUUUGGAACUGAUCAGUUUGACCAGAAAGAUGAAAAGGAGAAAGCCCAAAUGGCCUAUUUCUUCAACAGGUUCUACUUCUUCAUUAGUACAGGAACCCUGAUGGCGGUUACAGUGCUUGUCUACUUGCAAGAUGAAGUGGGUAGAAGCUGGGCUUAUGGAAUUUGCUCUGUCUCCAUGUUUGUAGCUAUCUUGAUAUUUUUAUCAGGGACUAAAAGAUACAGAUACAAGAAAAGCUUGGGAAGUCCAAUAGUUCACAUUUUCCAAGUUAUUGUAGCUGCAAUAAAGAAAAGGAAGAUGGACCUCCCUUACAAUGUUGAAUUAUUAUACGAGGAUACUCCCGAUGCUACAAGAAUUCAUCACACAGAUCAAUUCUACUUCUUGGACAAAGCUGCUAUUGUUGCGGAAGGAGAUUUUGAAAGAAAUGUUGUGUCUGCUCCAAACCCCUGGAAACUUUGCUCGGUCACAAGGGUGGAGGAAGUGAAAAUGAUGGUGGGGCUUCUGCCAAUAUGGGCCACAACCAUCAUGUUUUGGACCACUCAUGCACAGAUGAUCACCUUUUCAGUGGAGCAAGCCUCCACCAUGGAAAGAUCAAUUGGAGGUUUCCAAAUUCCCGCAGGUUCCCUCACCGUCUUCUUUGUCGCAGCUAUAUUGAUCACUCUGGCUGUUUAUGACCGUCUCAUUAUGCCAUUUUGGAAGAAAUGGAAAGGAAAACCAGGUUUUACCAACCUACAGAGAAUUGCCAUUGGCCUAGUCCUGUCAACUUUUGGAAUGGCAGCUGCAGCACUAGCUGAGAAGAAAAGAUUGGCAGUAGCUAGAGCUGCGGGUGCCACCACAGCAACCCUGCCUAUAAGCGUGUUCUUACUGAUUCCACAAUUCUUUCUGGUGGGUGCUGGUGAGGCCUUCAUAUACACCGGCCAGCUUGAUUUCUUCAUUACUCAAUCUCCCAAAGGAAUGAAAACCAUGAGCACUGGUCUCUUCCUCACAACUCUAUCGCUUGGUUUCUUCGUCAGUACUUUCUUGGUAUCAGUGGUGAAAAGGUUGACAGGAAGCAAUGAUGGGCAAGGAUGGCUAGCUGACAAUAUAAACCACGGGAGACUCGACUGCUUCUAUGGACUUGUAGCCGUUCUAGACAUCAUAAAUUUUGUAGUAUAUCUUGUUUGUGCGGCGUGGCACAAGCCACGGAAACCAAAACCUGCUCUGCAGAUGGAGACCAUUGUUAAUGGCUCCUCUGCUGAGGACAAGUGCUAGGCUUCUUUAGGGCUACAAAUUAUGAUGUGUUCUUCUAACUUUUCUCGCCUUUGUGCAUUAAGAAUUGGAUUGUGUUUAGCUUCA